AAGCAAAUUACAACGGGAAGAUUUAAGCCCCGCAGGAUUGUGACUAUCUGUGCAUUCGAAUUGUUAUUCAGUGGCCGCCCCGGGCACUCUUAAGCGAUUUGGAGCGCCCGGACGAAAACAUGGAUCAACAUAGUGUGCCGCCUAGCCGAUCAGCAGAAUGAGACGAAACCUGCACUAAGAGUUCAACAGCAGUGCUCACCUGACUGUAUAUUCGGCCCUGCGUGGCAACCUAGUGCAACGGCGACGUUAAUUGUUAGACAUCAGUAGUAGUACCUGGCCUUUGCGGCGGUCAGGAUUCGCAUGUCUUCGGUCCAACCGCUCCUUUUGACAUCUGGGGCACUGGGGGGUGAUGACAGUGAAGAGUUCGGGGUGAUACCUGAGGCCGAAGGAGCGGUCCCGCCGCCAACCUUACCGCCUCCCAAUGCAGUACGAAGAGAGCGACCGGGGGCUAAUGCAAAUGCCUCCAGUCAGCGCCAAAUCAAACCUCGGAACAUUCGAACAGCGCUUAAGAAGCUCUGGUUGGAUGAGAUGCUACUUACGAAACAGAUACUGUGUCCCGUUCCAGGAUGCACGAUGAUAUUCCAGACGCUCCAGGCAAUCCAGACACACUACCAGUUUUGUACAGGUCUUAAUGAGUCGGGCAUCGUACGCUGCGAAUACUGCGGUGAGCAGUUUCUCUCGCAGAGUCUUGCCCUCGAAAUACAUACGGCCGAGGAACACCGACAAGACCGAUUGAUGUCCAUGAGCAAAUCCGACGACCAGAUUGCUGUAUCGAUCAAAAGCGAAGCUAAUAACUCCCAGCAGUUAACGCAGCAUCCAUCGUCUUAUAAUCCGUCAUCCGCCAAAAUGAAAAAGUACCGCGAACCUUCGGAGUUGAUCUCAAUACCAGCAACACCUCCGCCUGACGUGAUGAUUGAGUCACGUCGGCGGAGUGUCGCCUUCUCCCGAAAUCAGGAAGAACUCAUCGACUGUGAAGAGCUCGAAGGCGUAGUACGAUUUCCCCUAAGGAAUCUGCCUAAAGGCGAGCCAGAAGAUCCGCUACAGCUGCCCGCGGUCAUGAUGAAUCUUGACAUCAAUCUCAAACCUCGACCACUCUCAUUCGAUGAUCUUGACGAAAAUUCGCUUAUGGAUGAUGCUCUACUGCUAGCCGGGCCUCUGAAGUUGAAGAGCGAGCCGUUGGACAAAGCCGAAGAUGAUCCGCACUACCUUUCCGACGUAAUCAACAAAAUGCCUGAACCCGACCUCAAAACUGUGCCCCCCGUACGAAAGCGUCCACGAGCACAACAGCACACAUCGGGACCGGAUGUCCGAGUUGUACAGGUCAUAAUGCGGUCAAAUCCGUCGGAACCCAACGCCGCGCAAUCUAUCCUCAGAGACCCCCAGUUCGUCGAUGCGAUCGUUCAGCAAACAAUGGGUUCUAUCGUACAGAGCGGUGAAAUGCAGCACGCAGGAGGUGCCCGAAGAAGAAAAAAGCGAAAGGCCAAUCAACAACCGCUGGUAGUGGUGGCUUUUAAUGAACCUGUUCAGGAGCCAACGUCAUCGAUUGUAGCACCUGUACCACAGAGCACGACUGUUACGGCAAUGCCACCCUCCGUUUUACCCCCACCUUCUAGAACGCAGCACCAUCCUCAGCCAAACAUCAUGAAGAAGAGUGUGCGCCAUCGCAAGCAGGUGUUUCCGCCAGCCAUCCAGCCGACUGGCCUGGUACAGGUAACAUCUUCUCUUGAUCCUGGCCAUAAGUUCCUUCAAACGCAUACUCUUGCACCAGGUGAUAAGCCUCAAGUCCGGCAAGAAGUCAUUGACAGCUUCUUCAAUUCGGCAAUUGUAGCUACUACGACUUCAGCCAGCCCAACGACCGUUCCAACAACAGCAAUCACUUGCCAUCAGUCUACUGCCUCAACGUCGACCUGUACUGUAUCACCUCAAGUCGUCACAACAAUGACGGUGCCUUCACAGGCUACGUCGACGUCAUUUGUUGAUGAUUCUAGUCAACUUGUACAGCAGCAAUCGAGCAUCCAACCCGCCAUCAUUCAUCAGCACCAACCUCAGCCGAUUCCUCAUCAGCAUCAACAGAUACAACAGGUUCAGCAUUCACAUGCCGUGGCGACGGUUCACCAAAGUGAUGCCAGUGACCAGGAGACGUUCGAGCAAUCACAGCAAUCGCAGCAACAAACGCAUCAGGCCGCACAGCAGCAGUCACACACGCAGCAGCAACAGCAGCAGCAGCAGCAGCAGCAACAACAUCCACAGCAGCACCACCAAAUAGUGCAACAGCAACCGCAGCAUCAAAUCGUCCAACAGACCGAGGACUUCCACGGCAGUCAGUUGGCUGUCGCAACGCCUGACGUAUUAAGUCAAAUUAGCGAUCAAGGGUGUUUAAUCGUGCCGCAAGAAGCCUUUAGCCAGCUAGAAGGUGCACAGCUGAUCGUGCACGAAGGACAGAUCAUUGUGCAAAACAAGAAUGGCGAACGGGUCGAAGGCUGUCAAGUGGUUUAUGGCAAUGCGGCAUUUGCCACCGAGGCAACAUUAGCUGUGGCUGCCCAGGAAGAUUUCAACGGUGGCCAGCAAACGACGACCUUACAACAGCUGCAGACAGCUGAAGUUGUCGGUACAUUGCAGUUGGCUGCGGAUCAACAGAGUCAAGUGGUUGUGCAGCAGCAAGAUCAUCAUCAUCAUCAUCAUCAUUUACAUGAACAAGUUCGGUCGCAGACUGAGCAAGCUCAGGAGCAAGUUCAACAGCAGCCACAGCAGCUUGUCGUAGCGGACAACGGUGGGGGUGUAGUUAUUACGCAGGUGGACUCUCCUCUCGCGCAGGUCGUUACUCAUAGUGUCGCAGGUGCUGGAAGCAAUCAUUUAAACGGGGCGGGAACUAUGGCUUCGUUGGUGAUGUCCGGUCAGCUGCAGGUCAUUCCGGUUGGAUCUGAAGACGGCCAAGAUCAACAGCCAGUGAAGUCUAGUCUACAGGCGCAGCAUCAACAGGCCGAAGAACAGCCACUGACAAGCGCUUCCCAACAAGAUGCGGUUCAGAUAAGCAUCAUUUCAAUGAAGGACCCGGAUGAUAGUGUGGGACAGCAUCAGGUCCACGUGCAGGAGCAGGCAAUUGAUCCAAUGCACGCUGCUAAUGUUCAGGAUGUUCAGUUGCAGGAAGCGCAACAGGUUGUUCGACACGAGAAUUGCGUGACAGUACACGCUGGACAGGCGACACAACAGCAUACCCAACCGGAAUCGAUUGAGGAACUGCAAAACGUCGUGGUUCAAGGAUCCGAGGUAGUUUGUGAAACCGACGAUAAAAGAGAUGCUGAUACUACAGCAACGCAAGCUGCUGAAGCUUUACUCACCUUGCGACCUCAAAACCGCUGUAGCCUUCCAGCAUCGCCUCUCCAGCUACCUGAAGAGCUGCAACUACUUCAUCGGUCCGCGGAUGGGGCUGUUUCUGAAGUUGAUACGGACGUCGUUGUCAAAUCUGGGGUAAUAGGCCGAGAAACUAGCUGUGAAGAAGACGAAGUUUUUCAAAUGAUUCCUGAACCACAAACCCCGCCUGAGACAGAAAGCGAGCAGGAUAGCGCCGCGCUAGUGGAAGGGGUUCGACAGGACGAAGCUGUGCGAUCUGAACAAACUGGAGGCAGCAACAAUGCCCAGAAUGGUCAUGUUGAACUGUCAUCUAGCGUCGUUGAAGUAGCCGUUAGUUCGACAUUGACGACGACGAGAACGCCGAUAGCGGAAACCGAGUCCGAUCUCGUGGUGGUGGAAGCGGAGAAAUACUCAAGUGUUCGCGCUUAGUGGUGUUGUAGCCCGCUGCUGUGUCGUUCAUAGCAGCACUCAAGAGUUAAGCCGAUCUGGUUGAUCUGGCUUUCGGACAGCACAAAUCCACAACACAAAUUUUCCACGAAGAUCUUCGAUAAUUGGUACAACGUCUCAUCAAGUGAAGUUUUUGGAUCGAUGAAAAUAGACGCAUGCGGCCAAGUCGUGGUCCGCUGGUUUUUUCUGUGUGGCGACACCAUACUAUUUCUUCGGUGUUUCGUUACCGCCUAUCAUUCAAGAUGACUCUCACAAUUAUCACUAACCUCACACGUUAAGGGGGGCCUAUCGGUAACACUGAACGUAACAACGUACGCAGGGUGGCGGUGUUUUGUAACGGAUUUGUGUUCAUAUUAUGUUCAAAGUUGACAAAACACAAUUUUUCUGCUUUGUUUUUAUUUGUCUUAUUUUUUUAAUUUAUUUUAGCAAUAGGUAAUGUACUAUUAAAAACAAAAAAAUGACUGAACCAUUGAAUAGAACGAAUGAAACAAAGGAAAAAAUGUGGGUGCAGGUGAAAAGCAGCCUUCUGCUGCCUGUUUCUGUCUAGUGUGUGUGUGUGUCUGUGUUAGUGUGUGUGUGUGUGUGUGUGUGACGAAAACCGCAAGAGCUAUACUGAACUUCUCACGAGGAAAGGGGGAGCAAAGGAAUGCUCUGCUAAGUGCGAGCUAUAUCGAUGUGCUUGCAUGUAGCGACGUGUACGUGCAAAAGCAAGUUCAUACUCACCAAACUGGUGGGUAAGGGGACGAAAAUUUCCGUUUUCGUAACCGAUAACCGUUAUAAUCUAUGUCAUUUAGACUAUCACUAGUAAUAAUAGCGAGUGACAUCAAAUCGAUAAAAUGGCAGGUGCAAGAGACAGAAAUCGAAUCCUAGAAGAAAGCGCUGUGUCUACCUUACCGAAGACGGUUACAGUGUUUAGACAUGUGGUAAAAUAUGGCAGCGAAAGUAGAAAUCAUAAAUGAUGGACAUACGACGAAUCUCUCUGCGUACGAACUGCAUCAAUUUUGCCCUAUUUCAUUUGUCCAUAUAAUGACUGAGUCAAAUGAGUAUUUAUUUCAUGGGGAAGCUCAUUAUUAUUAUUAUAUAUUGGUCCCGAAGGUUAGGUAAUAUAAGGGCAGCGCUGAGAUAGGGUGGAGUGACCACGCUAUCUGGCAUAUAAAUACACAUAAUGCAUACAAAUAUAUGUCUACAAAUGAUAAGGGAUUACGCGUCAGAACCAUUGAACAGGCGUAUGGUGGGGUUCUGUUUCUUUUUUCAAUAUUUCCCGGUGGACGAAAGCGACUACAUUUAAUUACGGUCACAUUAACAACUAAGGUGUUCUUGUCUUUGAAUUUAUAUCGGUGUGCAAAAAUUUACUAUUACGUGGAAACGAAGCUAUAUAAGCAUGCGUGCACAACGCUGAUAAAAAAAAGUUGUCAUAUACUACAGAUGACGAAAAAAAUGAGGAGAAAAAUGGGGAGGUAUACAAAAAUGAAAUAGUAUACACUGUGUACAUUGCAGACAGUAACGUUAAAAGAGAGCCGGAUUUAGAAAAACAAUAACCCAGAAACUAAGCUAAUAUUAGAUCUAAUGGUAUAAGAUACUGUAUUUCAAUGGCACGUAAUCUAACGUCAUCAUCAUCAAAUAUUCCUCCAUAUAUAUAUAUAUAUAUAUAUAUAUAUAUCUAUACAUCUGAAAAAUGUUUAUUAUGAUGAUGGUGACUAUUACUAGGGAAACAGAAAUGACUUAUUGGCGUCGAUAGGUAUUCAAAUAAUAAGUAAAACAAGUUACCUAAUAAUGCGGUAACAGCUGUUUAGACCGUAAAUGGUCAUGUGCCCCGUUUACUAGAAAAAUGUCUUGGUCGAAUGGUAGAAUGAGAAGUCGAAUCGGGCCCACUGCAUCGAAUGGACCUUUAGGUUAAUUAGUCGUUGCGUGACAUAGUCUGACAAGUGUAACAAAAACAGCAGGAGAAAGAUAUGGCCACUAGAAUGGGAAAUAUGGUUCUAUCUAAAUGAGUGAGAGCCGUGCCAUUUUUUCAAUCAACAGUUAUAGUAACCGUUAUGACCAAUAACAAUAAUCGAAAUGAUACACCUACAUUCGGCAGACUCCAAAGGAUGCCGAGAGGAUGAACAAUGGAAAGGGCUGAAAAGGCAUCCCGAUAAAAAGGAAAACAACUGCGUGAACUUGUGAGGAAACUUAUAUACCAGGCGCACAUAGCUAUAAAUUCUAAGGCAAAUGCGUAGCUAAGCUAUUACUUUAAGUUUGAUGAAGAUAUAGACUUUCGGCAAGGUUCGUGGACAGAUUCAAGCAGGUAAGUGCGCAUAUGCAAACUACAACAUGGUGCACGACUGAAUGAAGUUGUUCAUAAGAGCACAUUAUCGAAAACGACACGGAAACGGCGAAUACGAUUUGGAAUAGCAGUUUAUGCUUAGGGAACGACGCGUAAUAUGGGGCCUGCUUAAAAUAGAUCGAUGAUUUAGCUGAUUUAUCAUCAUGUUUUUGAGUUGUUUAUAGUCAAGCACUACAGAAGACGAGCGGAAAAGGUGACAGUGGCUCAAUAAUAAUAGCGGACAAUAUCGACAAAAGCAACAAUGAUAAACUUUAGCGUACUUAAUGCACUACCCGGUAAUACUAAUAUUAAUAUAUUAUUAUCGUAAAUGUAUUUUAUUUAAAAAUAAAAAGAGCCUGUAUACUGUACCGAUGGAUUUGCAGUAUGUACUCAAUCGACAUAUUAUUAUUUGAAGCUUAAUUAGCUUAAAGCAUGCAUUAAAAUCGUCAAAAAAGAGGCUAGUAACAAUUUCAUAUGGAUAUUGUUUAAAAAAUGAAUACAAUUAAUACUGCAAUUUCAAAGGACUUGUUAAAUUCCAAAAGUUCAUACUGACAAGAAUUUCUUUAAGAAAAACGGCAAACAUAUACUUAAUAAAAACGUUUCUUUUCUAUUUUCUUUAUUAUACAUUUUUCAUACCAUUUAAUUUUGUAGACGCGUAAAUCUCACCAUGGACACAAUUCCAAAAAGGAUAUGCCAUACGUCUACAUUGAUUCCUUUCUUCUCUGUCUCGUCGCGUCACCUAUUUAAGAUAAUGUGCCACUUGAAAAUUGUUAUUUUUGUUGUUGUGCUUAGAUCCUCAAUCCCUUCCAUUAUCGCACUUCUUACUUUCGAUUAAUUACAGUUAAUCAUCUCCUUUUUAAUCAUUCCAGCUCCAACCCGGACAAGCAGCCUUCGCAGCAAUAAACAUUACACGAUCAGAAAUUCAAAUAUCCAUAUCAUUCGUAUCGGUAAUAUAUCUUUAUAACUAAUCAGGAUUAAAUGGAAGAAGCUUGGCCUUGUUUAGCUCAUCUGCCCUCUUGUCGUUUCCACCUUAUUGUUUUCUAUUAUGGAUAUGCUCGCGUUUAAAACCGUGUAAUUAUAUAAAUUUAAAAGAAUAAAGACAGCUUCUUACCGUCUUCUUUACCAGCUUUAUAUUCACAGACGAAAUUCAUACUAAAGGCUAAGUUAUUAUUGUAUAUGAGUAGAAAGCUAUUCGAGUUAUUUCCACGCACUAGUUCGGUGUGUUUUAUGUGUGAUUGUGUGUACCAUGUAUAAUUGUUCCAAGAGUCGCACGAUGACAGAUUCUUGCCAAAAAGAGUUUCUAUCUAUGUAGACGCUCAUAAACAUCCUCAGACGCAUAUCGUGUUCCUACUACUGCCAAGCUCUUCCCGGAUCGAUAAGGGCUAAACUAUAUUCCGGUGCUUGUCCUUUUUCAUAAAAAAAAAA